AUGCCAGGAGAGGCAGAGGUUCUGUGCAGUCUUUCGUGUUCCCAGAGUGGCUCUUGCCUCUUGGAUUCGUUCUUGGAGGACAGGCGCUGUCCGUAUGCACACAACGAAGAGGAGCUCCGUUCCACAGGCCUCUUCUACAAAAAGUCGCUUUGCAUUUGGCAUCAGAAGGGAAAGUGCCGAAACGGAGAGAUGUGCCGCUUCGCUCACGGCUCGGCGGAGCAGAGGAUGCACAACCACUUGCGGGGCAAGAAGUCGGCCUCUUCUGCCGAAGGCGCAUGGGCUGUGGGUCUGACCUCGCAUACGAGGAGCUCGUCUUCCAGCUCUUCUCAGGUCCCCUGCCAAAGCAGAAGCACGGCUCCGAGCACCGGGUCCAAUUACGACCAGCUGGGCAAGGCGUCUGAUGGCACAGUACUCCAAUCUUACGCCGCUCAGCUUCUCGCAGCACAUGAUUGGCCGCAGGCAGCUCCUGCACAGCAGCCCCCGCAUCAGAGACAGGUGGUGCUCCAGGCAUCACCGCUUGCAGGCGCCCUCGAGGUGCAGCAGCAACAACAGCAGCAACAGCAGCAGCUCCAGCUGAAGCUGCUGCAGCUUCAGCAGCUCAAAGCAUUGGUGGAGUCGCACCUGCCAUCUGCAGGCUUGCAGAUGCCACAGAUGACACAGGCAAGCCUCCAGGAAGCAAACCUCCAGGCCGACAUGGCAUCCUUGACGAGAAGUGUGACAUCGCUCUCCGAGCAGUUGUCACGGAUAGAAGACCAGAUGCACCCGCUCGGCCGGCUCGUUUGCGGGUCUCAGUAG